ACUUGAACAAGGCACCCAAAGCCCUACCAGCUUCCUCUCAAGGAUCACUCUUCAACAGAAAAAAGACAAGCCCACCAGCAAAAGACCAUGAAAGACUGGCGCUGGAUCCCACUACAGAGGGCCAUCUAUCCUUCAUCAGAGACCCCUGCUGUGAAGAUGUCUGAGUCUUCCCCAGCAGACGAAGGCACCACAUUCGAGCACCUUUGGAGCACCCUGGAACCUGACAGCACUUAUUUUGACCUUCCCCAGUCGGGGCAUGCAGGGAGCAGUGAAGCUUCUAACCGCACAGAGGUCACCAUGGAUGUCUUUCAGAUGAGAAGCAUGAAUGACUCCGUAAUGUCUCAGUUUAAUUUGCUAAACAACAGCAUGGAUCAGAGCACUGACAGCAGGGCCGCCUCCUCUAGCCCUUAUAGCUCCGAGCACGCCUCCAAUGUCCCGACGCUCUCGCCUUACUCGCAGCCCAGCUCCACCUUCGACACCAUGUCCCCAGCGCCUGUCAUCCCGUCCAACACUGACUACCCGGGGCCGCAUCACUUCGAGGUCACCUUCCAGCAAUCCAGCACGGCUAAAUCUGCGACCUGGACAUAUUCCCCGUUGCUCAAGAAGCUCUACUGUCAGAUUGCGAAGACGUGCCCCAUCCAGAUCAAAGUGUCAACGCCGCCUCCUCCGGGGACUGUCAUCCGAGCCAUGCCAGUCUACAAGAAGGCAGAGCAUGUGACGGAAGUGGUGAAGCGGUGUCCAAACCAUGAGCUCGGGCGCGACUUCAAUGACGGUCUCUCGGCUCCCGCAAGCCACUUAAUCCGCGUGGAAGGCAACAACCUAUCUCAAUACGUGGAUGACCCUGUAACUGGGAGGCAGAGUGUGAUGGUUCCCUAUGAACCUCCCCAGGUGGGUACCGAAUUCACCACCAUCCUCUACAACUUCAUGUGCAACAGCAGCUGUGUGGGUGGAAUGAACAGGAGACCCAUCCUCAUCAUCAUCACCUUGGAGACCAGAGAUGGACAGGUCUUGGGGAGGAGGUCAUUCGAAGGCCGAAUCUGCGCUUGUCCCGGCAGAGACCGGAAAGCGGAUGAGGACCAUUAUCGAGAGCAGCAGGCCCUGAAUGAAAGCGUGGCGAAAAACGGCAACCCAAAUAAGCGGACUUUCAAGCAAAGUCCUCAAGGUAUUCCAGCACUGGGAGCUGGAGUGAAGAAAAGGAGGCAUGGGGAAGAAGAGACAUAUUACGUACCUGUACGCGGCAGAGAGAACUUUGAGAUCCUGAUGAAGAUCAAGGAAAGCCUGGAGCUGGUGGAGCUGGUUCCCCAACAGCUGGUCGACUCCUAUCGCCAGCAACAGCAGCAGCUCUUGCAACGCCAGACUCACCUUCAGCCUCCUUCUUCCUAUGGCCCAGUUCUCUCGCCAAUCAACAAGCAUCACACGGGAGGGAUCAAUAAGCUGCCGUCCGUCAACCAGCUCGUGGGGCAGCCCCCGCAGCACAGCUCCAGCGCUGGGACCACCCUUGGGCCGAUGGGGCCGGGAAUGCUGAACAGCCACACCAUGCAGUCCAAUGGAGAAAUGAACGGCGGGCACCCCUCGCAGUCCAUGGUCUCAGGGUCGCAUUGCACGCCCCCUCCGCCCUACAACCCAGACCCAAACCUUGUCAGUUUUUUAACAGGUUUGGGGUGCUCAAACUGCAUUGACUAUUUCACUUCACAAGGGUUACAGACUCUUUACCACCUGCAGAACUUAACUCUAGAGGAUCUUGGAGCACUGAAGAUCCCGGAGCAGUACCGGAUGAUUAUCUGGAGGGGCCUCCAGGAACUGAAGCAGGGCCACGACUACGGAGCCCAGCAGCUCAUCCGCUCCAGCAGCAAUGCCUCCACCAUCUCCAUCGGCACGUCUGGCGAGCUGCAGAGGCAACGUGUCAUGGAAGCCGUUCACUUCCGCGUCCGCCACACCAUCACCAUCCCGAACCGCAGUGGGGCCGAUGAGUGGGCGGACUUCGGCUUUGACCUCCCGGACUGCAAGUCCCGCAAACAGUCCAUCAAAGAGGAAUUCACAGAGGGAGAAAUCAACUGAGUGUUUCUAGAGAGGCGCAUGGAAGCCGGUGGAUUAAGGGCAAGGAACUGAACAGUUGGACCUGAAAGGUAUUUGGCACAACAGCCAGGCAGAACGAGCCUUUCGGGUAGCCACCGAAAAGUAUUUUUUUCAGAGCUUGGGGCAGGACAUGGCAGUUGUGCUCUGGAGCUUAAAUGCAGUCCUUUGCGACGUACCUUUUCAAGAAGGGUAGCUAAUUUGGCGGUUGCAUUUAGCAGCAGGACAUGCACUGGGUUAAAAAACCACAACCUGUGUUGUGUUGCACUUGGUUGUGUAGCAAACCUGGGUUAAUUUUGUAUCACAGCAUCAAGGACCUUAAGGAUAACACGUGUCUCAUCUUAUCUAUUCUCUUCCACCUCAUCAGAAAAGUCUCCAAGCCCCUAACUUCUUUAAGUGAGAACAGGGCUGACCUGUCACACAUCGUGGGAGGUCUCCACGGCCAACUGGAACCAAACCACUUAGGGACUUCUUUUCUUUAACAGACUGCCAAAAAAA